ACCAUAAUAAAAAGACGUUGCAAUUAGCCAAAGUGUAACAAAUAGAUAGAUAUCACACUAUGGGUCUAUUCAUUCCUACAGACAAGCUACCAAACUUGAAAUUAUACAAAUAUUCCGCCAUUGACGAAUCUGUGAUCUCCAAGUACAUUUUGAAAAAAUGGUGGAACUACUUUGUUGAAAUUAUUCCCAUGUGGGUUGCUCCCAAUAUGGUGACCCUUGGGGGGUUGAUGUUCAUUGUCGCCAAUCUCGCUGCUGUUUUCUACUAUGAUCCAUACUUGGACACUGAAUCGCCUCGUUGGUGUUAUUUCUUUUAUGCGUUUGGAAUAUUUAUGUAUCAAACCAUGGACGGAUGUGACGGAUGUCACGCCAGAAGAACGGGGCAAUCUGGACCUCUUGGAGAGUUAUUUGAUCACUCAAUUGAUGCUAUAAACACCACCUUGGGUGCACUUGUGUUUGGGUCUGUUAUGAAGAUGGGUUAUGGAGUAUUGUUGAUGAUUUCGUUAUUUGCAUCCACAUGUAACUUUUAUGCUUCAACCUGGGAAGAAUACCAUACCGGGACCCUUUUCCUUUCCAAAUUUUCUGGACCAGUUGAAGGGAUCCUCAUGAUUUGUGUUGUGUUUAUCAUAACUGGGAUUUUCGGUCCCGACAUCUGGAACCAAGAACUUUUCGUUUUAGACUUGAGUUCAUUGGACAGAGGAGAAUUGCCAGUUAAUUCUUCGAUUAUCUAUGUCAUUCUUGGAUUAUCAUCAUUAUACUUCAAUAUUGUCUCGGCCAUGCAAAAUGUCAGCAAAUACUACGAGGAAAAGUUUCACCAUUCUGACCGUGCCAAGACUGCUACUGACGAAGCAUAUUUAGGGUUCUACCCUUUCUUCAUCUACUGGGCUUCAGCAAUUGCCUUUAUUAUUUUCUAUCCGCAAGUGAUGACCAUCUACGGGUUCCCAUUUGUUAUCAGUAUGGGAAGCACAGUUGCCUUUUCAGUCGGAAGAAUCAUUGUUGCUCAUGUCACCCAUCAAGAAUUCCCAUUUGUCAACUACCCUAUGUUUGUUCCAGUAGCUCAAUUCUUGAUAUGUAAAUUCUUGAUCAAUGUUUACGGAUAUGACACUGAAAAGGUUUUACAUGCUAUUUGUUGGUUAGGAUGUGGAUUCUGUGUUGGACUCCAUACCCUUUUCUUUGCUGAAAUUAUCCAAGAUAUCACUGCUUAUUUGGAUAUCUGGGCCUUGUCAAUUAAGCACAAGAGAGCGUAGCACUAUUACGACUUACAUAUAGAGAGAGUAAGAAAGUGUUUGGAUAGAUAAAUAUUAACUUGUAAAUCUUUGUAUUUCAUGAAUAGACACACACACACAUUUAUAUUUAUAUACAGGCUUUGGAUCAACUUUACUUCUUUUCGGAAAAGGCGGCUUCAGAACCAGGAGCCAACACAUCUUGGGCCGAUUGUUGCAAGGACAAAUCCUUUUCCAUUUCUUGUAAUUGGGUUUCGGAUAAAAUAGCCAAGGCCAAUGGAACACCUAAUAAUAAGGCGGAGGAGGUCAAAGUCCACAAGAACUUACCACCAUUGUUUAAGGUGGCAUUAACAGUGGAUUUUAUGGUUUCGGUGACGGAAACAAGUUGUUCACGUUGUUCAGGAGCAAUUAUAUCCUUCAAAGCAACAAUUCUGUCGUAAAUAGUUUCAUUUUCAAAAUCGUAGUCAUCAUCGAAUUCAUCGUCGGAUUCAGAUUCGGAUUCUUCUUCACUGUCAACUAUGGAAGUGCUGGCUGGCUUUUCUUCGAAUUGGGCUUGGGUUUCGUCGUCGAUUUGAGUUAAUUUGACCAUGGUGUAUUGAUUUCUAUAAGGGUGAUU